AACAUCUGCGUAAGGGGCGUGGCUAUAAUUAGGGGAGGGGCUAGGCAAAGAUUGCCCUAUGAGGCGAGGGAAUGAGACUGGGCUGCGAGUUGGGGAUAGGGUCUCUCUUUGGGGGCGUGGCUUAUGGAUCCUCGUUUUCCCGCCGACGGUUGGCCACGUCACGUGACAUGGGUUGGAAGAUGGCGUCUCCCACAGACGGGACAGAUCUGGAAGCAUCUUUGCUAAGUUUUGAAAAACUUGACCGUGCCUCACCAGAUCUUUGGCCAGAACAAUUACCAGGUGUUGCUGAAUUUGCAGCUUCCUUCAAAAGUCCUAUUACUAGUUCUCCACCCAAAUGGAUGGCUGAGAUAGAACGUGAUGACAUCGACAUGUUGAAAGAACUGGGGAGUCUCACCACGGCUAAUUUGAUGGAGAAGGUUCGAGGCCUACAGAACCUAGCCUAUCAGCUGGGGCUGGAUGAGUAUGGAGUCUCAGGCUGGAGUGCAGCCCAGGCUGGAGUGCAGUGGCGUGAUCUCAGCUCACUGCAAGCUUCACCUCCCGGGUUCACGCUAUUCUCCUGCCUCAGCCUCCCGAGCAUGUCAGGAUAUCCCUGGUUCACUUAUUUCUCCGGACUUGGAAUCUUAUCCAUUUCUCCAAGGAACACUGGUUUCUUUUAGUAGAAAUCUAGGCACUAAUAGUAUUCAUUGUUAAGAGACUGUCAUUGUCUCUAGGCCUGUUCUACGAACAGGGUAGGUAAAUAUGGUUUUUGUGAAAAGACAAAAAGGAAUUGUAUUCUUACCAAUAAUGCAGCCAGCUCAAAUUUAAAAUAUUUGGGGGUUGGGGGUUUUUAUGUAAUAUAUUUGAUUUUACAAUGAUAGCUUUUUUUUUUUUUUUUUUUUUUGAGAUGGAGUCUUGCUCUGUCGCCCAGGCUGGAGUGCAGUGGCUUAAUCUCGGCUCACUGCAAGCUCCGCUUCCUGGAUUCAUGCCAUUCUUCUGCCUCAGCCUCCCGAGUAGCUGGGACUACAGGCACCACCACCACAUCCAGCUAAUUUUUUGUAUUUUUAGUAGAGACAGGGUUUCACCAUGUUAGCCAGGAUGGUCUCGAUCUCCUGACCUCGUGAUCUGCCUGCCUUGGCCUCCCAAAGUGCUGGGAUUACAGGUGUGAGCCACCGUGCCCAGCCAAUGAUUUCUUUUUUAAUGCUGAAAAUCUUGGUUCCUAAUAACUAACAUAAUUAUUUUAUUUAACCUACAAUAAAAGUUACUUCAAAAUAACUAACUACAUAUAACAACAAGACCCCUGGAUGCAGCUUAAGGUUUCUUUCUAUUUCAUUUAUUUAUUUAUUUUUGAGACAGGGUCUCACUCUAUUGCUCAGGCUGGAGUAUAGUGACACGAUCAUCCCCCUCCCUAUUGAUGGACAUUUGAGUUGUUUCUCAUCUUCAGUUAUUACAAAUAGUACCGAACUGAAUAGGCAUGUGAGUAACUCUAAAGUGGAAUUUCUGGGUUAAAGGAUAAAAUGCAUAUGUAAUUUUACUUAAACAAAAAUAUUUGAUGUUCGGUGUUUAAUUAAGAACUGAGGCCGGGCACAGUGGCUCAUGCUUGUAAUCACAGCACUUUGGGAAGCCGAGGUGGCUGGAUCACUUGAGAUCAGGAGUUCGAGACCAUCCUGGCCAACAUGAUGAAACCCCGUCUCUACGAAAAAACACAAAAAAUUAGCCAGGCAUGGUGGCUCACACCUGUAAUCCCAGCUACUUGGGAAGGCUGAGGCAGGAGAAUCGCUUGAACCCAGGAGGCAGAGGUUGCAGUGAGCCAAGAUGGUUCCACUGUACUCCAGCCUGGGUGACAGAGCAAGACGCUGUCUCAAAAAAAAAAAAAAAAAAAAAAACUGAAAAGGAAAUAGAGUUCCUCUUUCCUCAUAUAUGAAUAUAUUAUUUCAACAGAUUGUUGAUCACCUACCAUAUGCUUGGUAUUGUUCUAAUUGCUGGGGAUACAGCAAGAGGUUCUGCAGAACUUCAUGGAGCAUGAAAGUAAAUAAACAGUUAAUUUCAAGGCCAGGCAUGGUUGCUCACACCUUUAAUCCCAGUGCAUUGGGAGGCUGAGGCAGGCGGAUCACUUGAGCCCAGGAGUUCAAGGCUGCAGUGAGCCAAGCUCGUGCCACUACUCUCCAGGCUGGGCAACAGAGCCAGACACUGUCUCAGGGGGAACAAAAAGUUAAUUUCAGAUUUUGUUAAGUGCUAUAAAGGAAAUAAAUAGGUUGAUAUUCAAGAAAGCACCUGAAGGCCGGGCAUGGUGGCUCACACCUAUAAUCUAGCACUUUGGGAGGCCGAGAUAGGCAGAUCACAAGGUCAGGAGAUUUUUGGCCAGGCAUGGUGAUUCAUGCCUGUAAUCCCAGUAUUUUGGGAGGUCAAGGCUGUUGGAUCACUUGAGGCCAGGAGUUCAAGACCAGCCUGGCCAACAUGGUGAAACCCCAUCUCUACUGAAAAUACAAAUAUUAGCCAGGCGUAAUGGCGCAUGCCUUUAGUCUGAGCUACUCAGAAGUCUGAGACACAAGAAUCACUUGAAUGGGAGGUAGAGGUUGCAGUGAGCCAAGAUUGCACCACUGUACUCCAGCCUGAGUGACGGGGUGAGACUCCAUCUCAAAAAAGAAAAAAAAAGUAAAAAAAGAAGAAAGAAUUUCAUACAUUAUUUAAUCUCAUAAGAGUCUGCAAAGUCUAUUUUAUAAUUCCCAUUUUACAGAAAAAACCAAUGUUCAGAAAAGUAAAUUACUUGUUUGUGGUCUUAAAGUUUGGAAAUGGGGGCUGGGGUUUGAAUAUGUCUAAUUCCAAAGCCAGAUAAGAUAAAAACCUUUUUCAGUGUAUUGCAUUGCCUCUCUUAACCAAAAAGAAAGCAAAAAAUAAUGAGUUAGCAGAGUAAAUGGUUUUGAUUCUCAUUUUAACCUGACAGAAAUACAUAUUUCUUUUUCUUUUAAAGUACUACUCUUGUUUAUCACUGGAUUAUUACACAUUCAAAAUAUAUAUGCUUAUUUUAUUUUGGCGAUAUUUGUUGUAUAAGAAAAUAGAGGAAUAUGCCUUUUUGUCCAAGCUAAAUAAAACAAUUUCAGUAUCCAUUUUUAUUGUUUUUUAUUUAAUGAUGGUUCUACUUUUAAAAUACCACAGCAAAAAUAUCUUACAGGUAUUUCUAGCCUUUUCAAAUUAUGUGCCUCCUAAGUGUCCUAUUUAUUUAUUUCACAAAUAUUUGUUAACAUCUGCGUGCAAGUUACUUUACAAGUGUCGGUUGAAGGCCGGGCGCGGUGGCUCACGCUUGUAAUCCCAGCACUGUGGGAGGCCGAGGCAGGCGGAUCACGAGGUCAGGAGAUCGAGACCACGGUGAAACCCCGUCUCUACUAAAAAUACAAAAAAAUUAGCCGGGCGUGGUGGCGGGCGCCUGUAGUCCCAGCUACUUGGAGAGGCUGAGGCAGGAGAAUGGCGUGAACCCAGGAGGCGGAGCUUGCAGUGAGCCGAGAUUGCGUCACUGCACUCCAGCCUGGGCGACAGAGCGAGAUUGUGUCUCAAAAAAAAAAAAAAAAAAAAAAGUGUCGGUUGAAUUAACUUUCGUAAAUGUAAUAGCAAAAACAUUGUACAGGGUUCUGUAAAUAGCCAGUUAAUCUUAGGGGGAAAUUUUUUUCUUGUGCCGGCACUUAUUGAGCACUUAACUGUAUUAUCUUUAAGGCUCACAAUAACUCAGUAAGGUAGAUACCAAUCCCCACUUAACAGAGGAAGGAACUGAGGCACAGAGAGCCUACGUAAUUCAUCUGAGAUCACUAAUACGUGAUGGAUUUACACCUAAGGUAGAUUUAAAUCCCUUACGAUCAUGGGUUUUCUGUCAGAAGUAUUAAAAGUUUCUAUUAAACAACAAAAUAGUUUAUAGGGAAAUAUUAUAUUUGUCCUCACUAGUGUUUUAAAUUAAAUCCAUAAUGUUGUCCAAUGAACCAUACACAAAAAUUCAUAGAGAUUUUUUGUAUGUGCCUUAAACUAGAACUAGCUGCAGUUAAAACCCAGAUUGUAAUUUUACAAACAAGGCCACCUCUAACAAUAUUAAAAUAAAAUGAUAUUAUUCCCUGGCUUAAAGAAAAAUUCUCCAAUAACCAUGGGAAUGCUUGUGGUAUGAAGACAGCAUCUUAAAUCUCGAUGCAAGUCAUACACAAAGUGUUAUUGCGAUGAAAAAAUAGUGGCAUGAAUAAUACCUGCUCACAGCCCAAGACACUUGAUGUAUCUUGGGCCUCAGUGUUUGUUGGAUUUUACAAUUUCAUGAGGAAGAUUUGUAUUUUUUUAAAAGUACUGUAUUUCUGUGUGUUCCACUUGAUGUCAAAUCUGUAUUCUUAGGUUGUAGGGUUCCAUUAAAAAAAAUAAAUAAUCUCAGCCUCUCCUCCCUCCACCUCCCUUUCCCCCCACACUCAUUUUGUAUAAUAUGGUAAUGAUAUCACCGUAGCAGUAAUUAUGGGUCAUCUUCAUUUCUUUCAUCUCUGCCUGUUCUGAUGGCUUCAUUCCUUUGACGGAAAAGAUUUGGCUCUGGGUGCUAUGAUUAUUUUGUUAAGCGUUAUUCGAAUAGACAGGAGUGGGAGAAAUUAAUCAAUCCAAAUGCAAUUAGCAUCAUGUUUAACCCAGUGAUGGACGUCUCAAGGUGAAACAGCCAGGGGAGUUUCAGACAUUAUUAUUCAAUCCAGUGGUUCUUAUCUAAAUUAUAAUCAAGAGAGGUUUUUAUUGGCUUCUCAGUGUGAAGAUGUAACCCUUUCCCUGCCCUGGGGGUCAAGAAGACUAGGCCUUCAUCAUCCCUAGACGUUAGCUGUUGCCAGCUGCCAGCCCCUUGAAGUCAGAUAGACAGGGCAGGAAAGUUGUCUGAAUAUGCAGGUCAUUUGAAAUUAUCUAUACUGUGAUCCUGGUCUGAUUUUCCUGAGAGUGGAACCUAGCCUAUGAAUAAGCUACUCUGUCUAACUUGGGGCAAAAUAUUUUGUGUUCUGAUCAAGUCACUUUGACUAGUUCUUCUGUCUUAACCUUACAUGAUAGAUUAUUAUUGCUGUUCUUACUUUAUGGAUGAGAAUAUUAAGUCUGUGAAGCUACUAGCCUUUGGUCAUAAUAAGUGUUUCACCAGGAUGUAUUACUAUGUAAAGGCCCUGAAGCAUGAAUGUUCUGUACAAAUUUAUGAGUAUUUAAUAAAAGUUCUAGCCCCCAGAGUAUUAAUUCAUUGCUCUGAUCUCAUUGCCUUUCAUUCAAUUGAGUUCUACCCUUGAAAAGGAAACCAAGUAAAACUAUGAAAUAGACCUGUCAGGUCCUCUGAAAAGGAAACAAAAUACAGCUAAGAAGUUGUUAGCUCUCAUUUCUCGAACACAGAUCUUUGGGGGUUUUUUGCUGUUGUUUUGGUUUGUUUCUAGUAGGAAGAAGGAUGAUAAGAGUACAUAUUUGAAAUCUAGUCUUGUUUUGCUCUUAAAAGAGGGCAGGGCAAGGAGAGUUGAUGGAGAAACAGUCUUUCACUUGAAUGCAACAUUUUUCAAAUGCCUGACAAUUAAAAUUCUUCUACUUCUGCCUUCAAUCAUCAGGCAUCAUGGCUGACACUUCCCAUAUUUUAUGUUCCUGCUUGAUGUUUUAUAUUCUGAAAAUAAAUCUGUUGGCUGGAUAUUUCUGUCCUUUUUUUCUGUUAUGAAAAGCCAUUAAAAUUAUUUUCCAUAUUGGAACUGUCCAAAUUUGUUUACCUGCACAUUGAGUCCUGGCUUUUCUUUUUCAUAUUACUUCUUGGAUAAAACACUCUCUGCAAAUAGGCAUUACUAUGAAUUGAAGAAAAAAAGUUUGAUAUAAAAUUAUCUUUCUCAGGCCGGACAUGGUGGCUCAUGCCUGUAAUCCCAGCACUUUGAGAGACUGAGGCAAGAGGAUUGCUUGAGGCCAGGAGUUCAAGACCAGUUCGACAUAGCAAGACCACUUAUCUACAAAAAAAUUAAAAAGUAAAAUAAAUAAUAUAAUUUUCUUUCUCAGAAGGAACUGGAGGGAACAGUGUUCUUGGCCACUGCACCCUUUUGGAAGAGUCCUGAUAAAGAGCCAAGAUACCCAAUAGAAAGAUAAUCUAGAAAGUGUGCUCCCAGAAAGAUUUUUUUGAGAAUACUGAGGACAAAAAUUUUGAUAGUCUGUGAUAGUUUGAUCCAGACUGUUAUUUUCUCAGGUAUAUAGUAUUUUAGUCUCCUUUUUGAAAUGUUUUAUUAUGUCUAAAUAACUUUUUUUUUUUGAGACAGAGUCUUACCCUGUCACCCAGGCUGGAGUACAGUGGCGCGAUCUCGGCUCACUGCAACCUCCGCCUCCCAGAUUCAAGCAAUCCUCCCCCUUCAGCCUCCCAAGUAGCUGGGAUUACAAGCAUGUGCCACCAUGCCUGGCUAAUUUUUGUGUUUUUACUAGAUACGGGGUUCCACCAGGCUGCCCAGGCUGGUCUCAAACUCCUGACCUCAUGUGAUCUGGCUGUCUCGACCUCCCAAAGUGCUGGGAUUAUAGAUGUGAGCCACCAUGCCCGGCCACCUAAAGGACAAAAGCCUCAAGGCUGCUGACCUUCAAAUGCUACUUUUAUAUAUUUUAGAGAGAAGUAAGAUUUACACCAAAGACUGUUGCUAGUGUAUACUUCUCCAUAAGAGUUGAUGGAGAACAAUCAGUGGACCUUAUUACAGUUGCACCACCUGCUGAGGGCCACCAAGUGUCCUAAUGGGAUGAAGCUCCAAAAGACCCCUCCUCAUCCAGUGACACUGUGUGCUCUUCACAGCUCCUUCUGCUUUUGACAGUGACUCCAGCACCAGCUGCUCUCAUAUCAGAGGCAUUAAAAAGUGCUUAGUCCUUGACUUAUUGAUCACUUAGUGAUACUUUUCCUGUGAAGAUCUGACACUGAGCUGGAGUGUGGUGAAGAGUCUCAGUCUGGCAGACUGCCCUGGAACUGCUCUGCUGUACACCAGCUCUGCGCCAGAGCCACAGGGAAACGUUGCACAUUCCUGCGAGACAGAAAUCAGCAUUAUAAAUCACAUUGCUCUCUUUUUGUUCUCUGCCAAUCCACCAGAAUACCUGUUAACAACAGCUAGCUCCAUCUCAAAGGCAGCAUUGCCUUUGAGAAUAGUCUCUUUCUGUGGGAAAGCAUGUCUUUGACUUUAUUUGAAUCUUCCUAAUAUCUAGUACAUAGUGUGUGCUCCAUGUGACUGCCUUCACUCUUCACCACCCCCUCCAUGCUUCUUUUCUGCAUGGCACACACUGAU